AUGUUCUCUAUGAUAGCAAAGUACUACAAAGAGCCUGAGUUCUACAAAGCCCUCGGAGAAGAAGGGGCAAUGGCGUUAAUCCUAGACCAGGAGCACCACCGCAUUUACCGGAACCACCUAAGACCACUCUUCGCCAGCCAUGCUAUGGAUAGAGUGGUCCCUCGUUUACAUCUUAAGCUGGAGAAGGUAACACGCGCACCGGAAGGAUAA